AAGUUUGAUACGCACUGUACACUGCAUAUGUCAACAUGCGCUUCAGAGUGUUCGUGAGCAAAACCGGAGAAGGUCGUGCAAUUCACACCGUGAACUUUAUUUUUCCCGAUUUUGCCUCGUAAUCUGCAGCAACCCCCCUCAAAAUACACUAAAAAUGUACGGAAAUCGCCCACAGCCUGGUAAUGGUUUCGGACGCGGUGGAAUGCACGGUGGCGGUCGUCCGGGAGGUCCGAUGGGCGGUGGUUUCCGUCGCGAGGGUGGAGCUGGCGGUUACGGUGGCGGCAACGGGGGGUCGUUCGACCGCCAGUCGCAAAAUGGCAAGAACCUCCGCAACGUGAAGUGGGAGCCGGAGGAUCUGACGCCGUUCGAGAAGAACUUUUACCAACCGUCGGCGGGCCUGAUGGGCCUGAGCGUGUCCGACAUUGACAGCUACCUCGACAAGCAUCAGAUAACUCUGAAGGGCCGCGACGUGCCUCGCCCCAGCAUGGAGUUUGAGGACGGCGGGCUGCCCGUGUACAUCAUGGAGGAACUGAAGCGCCAGGGCUUUGCCAAACCGACGGCCAUCCAGGCCCAGGGCAUGCCGAUUGCGCUGAGCGGUCGCGACAUGGUGGGUAUUGCACAGACCGGGUCCGGCAAGACGCUGGCCUACGUGGUGCCGUCGCUGGUGCACAUCCAGCACCAGGCGACGAUACGGCGCGGCGACGGCCCGAUUGCGCUGAUUCUCGCGCCCACCCGCGAGCUGGCGCAGCAGAUUCAGCAGGUCGCGACGGACUUUGGUUCGCGCGUCAGCGCCAACAAUACGUGCGUUUUUGGCGGCGCCCCGAAGGGCCCGCAGAUCCGGGACCUCGAGCGGGGUGCCGAGAUCGUGAUUGCCACCCCCGGGCGGCUGAUUGAUUUUCUCGAGCGCGGCAUCACGAACUUGCGGCGCUGCACCUACCUGGUGCUGGACGAGGCCGACCGCAUGCUGGACAUGGGCUUCGAGCCGCAGAUCCGCAAAAUCAUGGGCCAGAUUCGCCCCGACCGGCAGGUGCUGAUGUGGUCGGCGACCUGGCCAAAGGAGGUGCGCAAUCUGGCGGAGGAGUUUUUGGCCGACUACAUACAGAUCAACAUCGGGUCGCUGAACCUGUCCGCCAACCACAACAUCCUGCAGAUCGUGGAUGUGUGCGAGGACUACGAGAAGGAUCAGAAGCUGAUGAAGCUGCUGACGGAGAUUUCGGCCGAGCCGGACACGAAGACGAUUAUCUUCGUCGAGACGAAGCGGCGCGUCGACGACAUUACGCGCAUCGUCAACCGCAAUGGGUGGCGGGCGGUGGCCAUCCACGGCGACAAAUCGCAGCAGGAGCGCGACUACGUGCUCAGCACAUUCCGUAACGGGCGCCAGGGCAUCCUGGUCGCCACGGAUGUGGCUGCCCGCGGCUUGGAUGUGGAAGACGUAAAGUUCGUAAUCAAUUACGACUAUCCGUCGAAUUCCGAAGAUUACGUGCAUCGGAUUGGUCGAACGGGCCGCUCGAACAAUACCGGUACCGCCUACACCCUGUUCACCAACUCGAAUGCCAACAAAGCGAACGACCUGAUCAACGUGCUGCGCGAGGCAAAUCAGGUAAUCAAUCCGCGCCUGGUCGAGCUGGCCAAGCCAAGCAUGGGCAAGGGCCGCCAGCGGUACAACAACCACCGGUUCGGUGGCCAGCAGAACCGUCCGCCGCGCGACGGUCCCUACGGUGGCGGUCCGCGUCACGACGGUGGCCGAUUCGGUGGACAGCGGGACGGUGGAGCACCGCCCAAGUACGGUGGUGGUGGUGGUAUGGGCCGCAGUGACGGUGACAAGUACGGUGUAGCGUCCCGCGCAGCCGGCGACAAUCGGCUCUCGAUGUACGGCGUGGGAGCCGGGCUGCCGCCCCAGACGCUCGGUGGACUGGCGGCCAGCACCGCCAUGGGUGCGAAGCCGCCGGGCGUUGGCGCCGGCGUGGUAGGCCAGCGUCAGAGCCGCUUCUCGGGACCACCCUCGUCUGCGACGGCUGCGGCGGCAGCGGCCGCAUUCGCCACCAGCUACCACCAGCAGCAGAGCAAAUACCCCGGCGCCGGCUCGGUCGGUGGAGCUGGUCUGGCCGGUGCGCAUCCGUCGGCCGCAGCGUACGGUGCGUCCGCCGCGUCCUACAAACCACAGUCCGCGCCCGGCAGCGACCUGUACGGUGGCAGCGGCGGUUACAGCGCCCGAUCACAGUCCUCCGCCCUUCCCUCGGCAGCGGCCGCAGCAGUAGCCGCCGCCGCGUACCAGUACGCAGCGAACGGAGCGACACCCGCGUUCGCCUAUCCGCCGCCCCAGGUUGUUCUCAACUAAGGAGGAUGAGGAGGAGAGUUAGGGAGCGGAGGGGAGCACCUUAGAGCUUAGAACACUUCAACUUUCAUCCCACUAAUAUACCUUAGGGUAGUAUGAUUUAAUUUAAUCUUAAUAUGAACUUGAAUGAACACAUAUUUCAUUUCAAAUUAGUUUUAACAAUAACAAACGCAGCAAACGUAAACAUAUAUUUGGGCGUAAACCAUGUAAACUCACGACCACUUUCGCUGCUUGACCAAGGGCGAGGAAAAGGCGUCUCCAUUAUCCCAUCGGUUAUUUAGUUAAAAGCAAACGCGUUCAUCCGAUCCGCUUUUGUGCGAAGGUUUUGCGCGCACGCAAGGGGGGACGGCUUCGUGCAGUUUACGGGCAUGAAGCGAUCAAGCUUUUUAGUAUAUUGCGUGAUAUAUUUUAUUCGUUUCUUCAGCUUUGAUUGGUUUUAGAGCAUUUUUCAUAUAUUUAUACCUUUCGUCCAAUGCAGAGCAAUUAACGUUUCGCGCGACACAGCAACAGCACAGUGCGAAAAUAUCUAACCUUAUUAUAUUCGCAAUGGGUGUGAACAUUUUUCCAGUGGGAUUAUGAAAGGCAGGAUGAAAGUUUGGCGCACUACCACAUCGGCUCCGGCAGCUCUCGAAAAGCUCAAUCCGUUUUAUUUGAUUUUCAUACUCCCAAAUUCGAACGCCUGUGUACGCGCCCCACGUGUCCCACUGGAAAACGUUCGCGGUCACACCUUAGAUGAUUCCAUUAUUUUAUCACUAGAUACGCUUGUUGUUGCACUCUGAGGAAGGAAGGAUACAAAAAUGCAUUAAAAGAAAAACAAUAAUGCACUUCCAACUUCUGGCGCCAACGCCAACACAGCAGGUGCAGGUGGGCGGAGAGUAUAUUGCACCCGUUCUGGUUAGGUGCAUCUCUCUCCCGGUCUGCCGGCUGUGCAGUGUAGGAUUUCUUUUUUGGGUUCGGAAGUGCUUCGUAAUGAAUUUCGAAGAAAUUUAUGUGAGCUCUACCAAGAAUCGCUAAAUCUUGAAUUGUGUACUACGAUAUGAAAUAUACAGUGUAAAGAAACAACAAAGUUGCGGAACCGUCAACAUUUACUACAGCAAUAUUUUCUCUCUCGCAACCUUACUACCACCACCAUCAUAGAGCAACAGAAUAGCGCAGCAAAGCCAAGGUGACAAAUUUUAAAAUGUAUAUAUGAGUAAAGAGUAAAACUGAAGGACAACAUAGAACCAUUCAAGUGUACCACCGCCCAUUCCCGCCACACGCCACAGCAGCAUAUACACAGCAAGAGUAGAAUAAUUCAAAGAGUUAUUCAAACAACCGUUUGUUGUACGUGUGUGUGCAUAUAUGCGCGUGAAAGGUGGAAAGGGUGGUACGAUUUAGCCAAAUCUUAACCAGCAAACGAUGGUUCAAACACACAACACACACUCUUCAUAAACAGAAUAUGUCAACGAUUAUUAUUGUAUCUCUUUAUAUAAAACGGUCUAGUAGAGACUAUUUUAACAAAACAUACACACUUUGGCACACAACUUUACGGAAGUUUGUUAGUGAAAAAAAGCAAAAAACAAAACAAGUGACAACCAAAACAAAAGUGCAACAGGAAACAAAAUAAGUA